CAUGUGCGGAGCUGAGGCCGGAGAGAGAGUGGCACAGCAUGAGAGAGAUCUUCCUACGGAAUCAAAACUUCUCUUCCAAACCGACAGUCCCCGAGAGGCACAGAGCACCCAGUCGUCCAGAUCUACAAAGCAUCUUGUCCAGAUACUUGGAGGAAAACAAUAAAAGCUUUAUGAAUAUUAAGUGUCCGAAUCUCCUAGAGAACCAACUCAUAUGCAAAGAGGAAGUUACAGAAUGUUUCGAAGGAUCGAAUGACAUCAGUCCACAGGAUGUUCGCAGCCAAAGAGCAGUCAAAGAUGACAGACUCUAUCAAGAAGAAUUUCCAACCCGUAUCUGGAGCACACUCCUUCCCAGGUUUGACCUGAAGUGCACCCCGCGUGCCUUUGUUCACUGGUACGUGGGUGAGGGCAUGGCGGAAGGAGAGUUCUCUGAGACCCGGGAGGACAUGGCUGCCCUCAAGAAGGCCUGUGAGGAGGUGGGUGUGGGUUCUGUGGAAGGAGCGGGCAAGGAGGAAGGAGAUGAAUACUAA